UCCUCCCAUCUACGACAUAAGGGUAGCUGUAUCACGUGGAAUGCAUCAUCACGGAGGGACGAAACCCUUUCGGAGAUGGAGGUGAUGGUAUAUGCGUCUCUCUCUUUCAAUUCAUCAACAACAACUAACAACAAUCAGCAACACAUAUACGUCAAAUCAUCAUGGCUAUUGGUAAUAAUAACAACAACUUCAAUCUAAUGGAACGCAUCACCUUGCUAGCAACGUUGCGGAAAUGAAAAUGGAUGGGUUGGUGGGGUCACUUGGGCGGCCUUAAGCAGCGUGGUAUCGUCACCUACAGCCUGUCUCCCUUUGAGCAGCGCGCUUUUGCCGGCGCUCUUCACCAGGCGAUCUUCAACACCUUCCGCCGUACCACCGGUCAGGUGCUCUACAUUGGUAUUCCCUUCGGUCUGGCCUACGGCACCUACUCCUGGGCCAAGAAGAACCACGAGUUUCGUUUGAGCAAGGAGGGCCAUGCUUUCUACGGUGCUGGAGAGCAUUAAGCAGUCGCGUCCUUGUCCUUGUCCUUGUCUUUUAACUUACAAACCUGCAAAAGCCGGAAUAAAAGCGACUCCUUGUCUCUUUGCGAUUGAUGCUUUUAA